AUGUUAUCUAACAAACCAUCAGAAGGUUCAUCUACAGAUUCCAGUAAUUCAGAGACACCGGAAAAUAAUUUACCAAAAAAAAUUAUACAAAAUACUAAUUGUUUAGAAAAAGAAAUUACUCAAAGACCACCUUGUGAUAGUUUACAUUUACCAUCAAAUAACAGGCAAUUUAUAAGACAUCAAUUAUCUGCAACUGAAGAAGAGCAUAGUUCUGACGACGAAGAAUCAUUAGUAUUAAGAAAAAAGCUAUCUACUAAAACUAAAAAAGAUAUACAUCCGCUUUUUAAAAAAAUUAAAGAGCGUAACUCUGAUAAACCACCAAUAGGAAGUACAUUAAGAUUAUCUCCUCAUAAUAUAGAUACUUUAUCAAGUGAAAUGCCACCUAUAGGUAAUAAUACAACAUCUCCAACAAAUCCUGUUCCAGCGUCACCACAAAAAUCUAUACAUAAUAGAUUUUCUGGUGCACAUGCUUCAUUUCGUAUACGUAUGUUGCAAGAACAACAUGGUGUUAAGAAGACUGGAGAGCCUGUAAGUUAA